AGAGUGAGUUUGAUGUAGACUUCACUGCACCACAUGUAAGAGAUAUGGUGGAUACUAUCAUGGCUCGUCGAUUCCGACAGUUCAAGUAUCGCUGCCAUCAACACUACAAGAAUGAGACGGACAAGGUGAAAGCUCGGGAGAAUCCAAUAGAGGAAGUGAACAUUGAUGACUGGAAGCUACUCUGUGACCAUUUUGAUAGUGUGCAAUUCAAGAAGCGAAGUGACAUAAAUGUAGACAAUAGAAGCCAAGUAUUGUAUCCUCAUACAACAGGUGCUAAGUCACUUAGUCAAAGGAUUUUUGAACUGAAUGAGAAGGAGAAGACGGCAAAUAGCGAGAAAACUAAUGAUGGAGUGGAGCCGAGUAACGGUGAGCAGCAGAAUGACUCA